UUGCGUGUUGGUUUUAUAAUGGUGUAUGGCUGCUUAGUCUCGCUGAAGGUGUAAGAACAUUCGCUCAUAACCCUCCUUCUCCUGACUCGACAAAUCACAUCGAGCAAAGCAAAGUCAAGCGAAUAUUCCUAUGGAAGAACCAACACGACUUUAAAGUUUUUCGAAUGAGGGGCUGAGCACCAACUCAUGCUGUGCGACAUAGUCUUCAAUCCCUAAAUAUGAAGCUCGUCCAGCUGCGAUCUCGACGUACAUUGCAACAUGCGGAUCUUUUUCAGUCUCCACGCAAUGAAGAAACGGCUUGAUACAUCAUGAAUUCCGAUCUUUGGAGCUCUCUCACGCCUGCGGAACGGGAAUUGUACCUCGAUGGACCAGCUUUACCACCACCGUCUGGUGUCCAGCCUGACUUUACCCGCUCCCACGGCUACGAUGCUACGGUGAUCGGAGUGAUAACAGUAUGCAUGGUGUUAUCAACCACGUUCAUAUUUAUACGGACAUAUGCGAAGUUAUUCGUUGAGAAGAAAGUCAAAUUUGAGGAUGUUUUGAUGUUACUUUCAUUUGGGCCAUAUAUCGGGUAUUGUUGGUGUAUGUUUCGCAUACUCGGCUUGGGCGGUUGCUUCGUCCACCAGUGGAAUAUCACAGCUCGCGAUUUUCAAUCCGUAACAUAUUUCAUUUUUAUACGGCGCGUAUUGAUUUGCUUCAUAACGGCAUGCUCGAGGACCGCGAUUUUACUCGAAUGGUUGCGGGUUUUCGUUCCACAGGGCACUCGGAACCUCUUCUUCUGGGCUAGCUGGCUUGUGUUAUUCUCAAACGCUGCAUUUUAUAUCGCGGCACUCUUUGCCGUGUGUCUGAUUUGUAGGCCAUUAGAGAAGGCCUGGAAACCUAUGAUUCAUGGGUCAUGUCUCGACCUACGAUAUUUAUAUCUAGCCUCGCCAUACAUUAACCUCUUCUUUGACUUAGCCAUAUUCAGCCUUCCUCAGCGCACGAUUUGGAGUUUAAACAUGUCUACUAAACGGAAGCUUGGGAUUUCGUUAAUAUUUUCCGUGGGUAUCUUAGCUUGCGCGAAUGGCAUUGGUCGAAUAAUUAUCCAACAUGUAAUAACUAAUACGGCUGAUACGGCGUACUGGCAAACACCAGAAGCUCUAUGCGGAAUAGCAGAGAUGACUUGUCUCUUCUUGGUCUUUUGCAUCUCCGCCGCCCCGAAGGUCUUCACCCAGUAUAAAGUGAUCAUCCGAGCCCAUUCAUCCAAGUUAUCGAGUUAUCUUAAACAGAAAGAUAAACAUGCGAGGAGCGAUCAGCCUAGGGGGCGUUCUAUAACUCAGGAUAGGAAGUACCAUACGAAAGAAGAGUCACAGGCACCACUUACACAUCUCGGCAUUACAGGAGAUACGGCGAUCGAACUUUCGUUCCCAGAAAAUUCUAGGCGUAGUAAUGAUCAACCUAAUGCUAAGGGUAUUUUACGCACUACCACGUUCAUGACAAAAGACGAAAGGACCCCUGAAACAUAUCAUGAUCAACAAUUCAUCCGCCAGCAUCCUUGGGUGGCCCCAAAUGAUGGCCGGGAAUGAAGUUGGAAUUAACUUUUAAAUAUCAUAGCGGUAGGAUCAUUUUGGCUCCGCCAUGAAUCCCUUCGAGUCUCCAUCGACCGAGGUAGAUUUCCCUGACAUCCAUCAUUACAAGUUAUC